UUUGCUCGAAUUACGGUUUUAUUUCGAUAUAACAGUAAAAAAAAACUAAAUUUGUGGACCAUAAAACUUGUUGGUUUUUGGAUCUACUUCUAAUUCUGGUCUUCAGUUUUUUUUAUUUGAAGAAAUGAUAUAAUUUGAUAUUUGGACGGAAAGUCGUUCUGCGCAGUAAUACACGGAUGAGAAUGAAAAGGCCCGAUGAAUCAGUUAUAGUCAAGCUUUGGUCUGGUCCAAGCAAAAGUUGAAGUUAUUUUACGCUACGUUAUAGAGUAAUAAUUAUCCAUAGUAUAGAAACAACUUAGUGAGUUUUCUUUAUAUCUCGAAGUUGUGAAACUUGCUAUAUAUAUUUUGUAAUAACAAUGGAAUCCUCAAAUUUUGUGCUUCUUGAAAUCUGUUCAAUGCAUAUUGAAACGACAAUAAGUAACCGUUUUGCCAAAACUUUAAUUACAAGUAAAGUAAAAAAUACAGACAAUCAAGCUAAGGAGGCCAUAUUUUCGGUUAUUUUGCCCGAAAAUGUCUUCAUUUCAGAAUUUCAAAUAGAAAUUGAUGGAAAAAUAUAUAAUGCGUAUGUGAAAGAGAAAGAUGAGGCUAAAACAACAUGUACUGAGGCGAUUUCAAGAGGGUUUUGUGCAGCUGAUGUCGAACUAAACGCUCGCGGUUUAAAAAAAUUCACCGUUUCGGUGAAUAUUGAACCGUCGAGUGAAAUCAUCUUCAGACUCACGUACGAGGAGCUUUUGCAACGCCAGAAUGGCCAAUACGAACUUAUUAUUAACGUACAUCCGGGACAAAUCGUUGAUGAUCUCUGUGUGGAAGUAAAAAUUGACGAAACGCGCCCUUUGACCUUUGUCAAAACUCCUUCGUUAUGUACAGGGAAUGAGAUAAGUGACGAUAAGCCCGAAUUGGAUCCUUGUGCCAAAACAGAAAUGAUUAAUGCGAAUUCGGCCAAAGUUAAAUUCAAUCCGGACAAAGAGCAGCAGAAAAAAUAUGCAGAGCUGCUCGGGAGUAAAGAUCAGGGGCUUGCGGGACAGUUUGUUGUGCAGUAUGACGUAGAAAGGGACCCAAAAGGGGGCGAAGUUUUGUUACGUGACGGUUAUUUCGUUCAUUUUUUCGCCCCAAGUGGGCUACAAACGUUCCCAAAACAUGUAGUUCUUGUUUUGGAUCACAGCGCAAGUAUGAGGGGCCGCAAACACGAACAGUUAAUGCAAGCAAUGGAUAAAAUUUUGUCCGAUUUAAACCCCGAUGAUUUGUUUCAUGUUGUGUGUUUUUCCGAAGAUGUUUCAGUCUGGAAUUUGGAAAAAAAACAGUUUGAUCUAAUUGAUUUUAUGGAAAAGUUUGACUAUGAAAAUCUUGAUUCGUGUCUAACGGAGUUAAAUUUAGGAAAUGCUGUUCAAUUCACUGAAGACAAUAUCAAAAAAGCUAAAGGAAUUAAAAAUGAUGACAUGCACAUGGGGUGUACUAAUAUUAUCGGGGGAUUGGUAGUUGGUCUGUUUUUAGUUCGACGAACUUUAAAAAAAAAUUACGAACAAAAUGUUGAAACUAAACACCAACCAAUGAUUAUUUUACUCACUGAUGGUUUACCAAAUGUUGGUUUAAGUGACCCGGUCGAAAUUACCAAAAUUGUGACUAAAAUCAAUCAAGGGACAAACAGGGCUGCAAUUUUCUCCCUGUCUUUCGGUGAAGACGCCGAUAAAAAUUUCUUGAAAAAAUUGUCGGCCCAAAAUUUGGGCUUUUCGAGGCAUAUUUACGAAGCAGCUGAUGCCGCCCUCCAAUUACAAAAUUUCUACCGCACUGUUUUCUCCCCUUUGCUGCGAGACGUCCGAUUUAAAUACGUCGACAAAGUCUCAGAAGUGACCCGAAUUGAUUUCCCGAUUUUUUUCCUUGGUUCAGAAUUUGUGAUAGCCGGAAGAUGCGGAGACACACGACCUUUGAGACACGUUGAAGCUUUUUGUACCAACGGUUGUAUCGAAUUUGAAACAGACGAGACCGAAAGUGACGUGUCUCUAGAGCGACCUUGGGCCUAUUUAACCGUCAAACAAUUGCUAGACGAGGCAGAAACGUCCGAAAAUGGCACUGAAUUGACCAAAAAAGCGCUCGAUUUGGCCUUGAAAUAUUCUUUCGUGACUUCGGUCACUUCUUUGGUGGUUGUAAAACCGCAAGAAAAUGAUUUAGUCGUUGAUCCGAAUGAAGCUUUGGAAAGCUUUGGUCGUUUAUUAUUGUAUUCAAGAAGAGACUAUGGACAAGUACCGGCUUGUAUGUUUAAAACACACGAGUGUCGCGGUAUAAGAUUUAGGGAUAGGCUUAAAUUUUCACCUUUCUAUCGUUUAUAUAGUCACUGCAAGUCUCAUGUUUUCGUUGCGCCUAAAUUACCUAAUUUGACUUCUGAAAUACGCAAAGUCCGUACCGGUUUGAAAUACAAGGAACAAAUCACGCAGUUUAAAACUUGGGUGAACACCACACAGCCACAUUUGCCCCAAAUUAACGAUACGCAAGCACAUUUCUUUCUGCAAUGUUGUGACUAUGACGAAGAAAUUGCAAAAAAUUUGGUUGAUUCAUAUUUUACGAUUCGGACUUUGUGUCCUGAAUUCUUUACUGGGAGGGAUGUUUCGGAUUUAUAUUUUUGGAAAAUGCUGGGCGUUGUAUUUGUUACUUUUGUAGAUGAGAAGGGACAAGGUUACAUUUGUGUAAAACUGCGGGAUAUUGACUCACAUGUUUUUGAUUUUAUCGCACUUGUAAAGUGUUUUGAUAUGGUGUGCUCUCUGCAGUUCAGUCAAGGAGAAAUAUUUAACGAGUAUUGUGUAGUUUUGGACUUGAUAGGCCUCACUACGAAACAUUUUGAAAAAAUAGAGUCGUCAGUUUUGAAAAAAUUCGUAUAUUAUUUACAAGAAGCGUUCCCACUUAAAAUAAGAGAGAUACAUUGCUAUGUUCGGUCUUGUUAUGACGACGACAUAGUAAUCAACAUAGUCGCAUUAAUAAAGCCAUUCGUAAAAAAAGAAAUUAUGUCCAAGAUUUAUUUUUAUACCAACCUUGACGAUUUUUUAAAUUGUGUACCAAAAAAGUGUGUUUUUGUGGGAAAUGGGGGCACAAUGGGCGUUGAAAAGUUGGACUUAAAAAUGCGAAAAGAGAUUUUUAAAAAGGCUGCAUUUUUUAAUGAAGAGGAAAAGCAAGUUGUUGAUGAAACGAAGCGAGUCGGGCCAACAAAAUUUACAAAUGACUAUUUUUUCUAACAUUUUUUUUCUAAUAAAUAGUGAACUAUUCUCAUUUAAAUCAUCCAAUACCAACAUCCUUUUUAUACGAAACUGACGAAAGUAGUUGUACCGACUUGAAACAUCUAACUCCUUUUAAAUUUUACUGAUGUUUUAUUACGGAAGAUACCAAUUUAUUUAAUGUUUUUUUUUUGACUAUUACCUAGUUUUCUAAUUUGAGUUAAAAAUUUCACGAGCAUUUGUCUGAUUAGACUGAAUGUAGGUGUAGGUCAAAUGUUUUUAUAGGUUUACAACCGACGAACAAUUUGCCCGGCGCAUCCACCAUUAUUUUCGCUCGAGCCAGGAAUAAAAUUUUGUAGCCAAAUUACGUGUUGUUGUGAGUGCAAUUAUUGUUAUUGCAAAUAUAAUGAACAAUGAUUGCUCACAUUAUGAUUUUUAUUUGCAUUUCGAUAUAAUGUUGUGUUUUUGGACGAAUUUAUGUCGAAUCACUGCGCAGUAUUAUACGGACAGAGGAGAAGGAAGAGAGUGAGUGAGUCAGUUAUCGUCCA